UCCCUAUCUCAUGAAAGUGACACCGUCCAGAUAUGGCGACCUUUGGGAUCUUCAGCAGGGCAUCGAAGAUACUCACUUUGAGAACGUCGUCACCUGUGCUACGUUUACACAGAGCCAUGUCGAGUUUACUGAUAGACAACCCCAAAUACUCGUGGCUUAAGGACCUGGGCUUGUCAUCAUCUAACAAUGGCGUGUAUUACGGCAAGUGGGGAGGAUCGGGACAGGAAACAACAUCAUAUUGCCCAGCAAACAAACAGCCCAUUGCCAAGGUCACACAGGCUAGUCCUGCUGAUUAUGAGGAGGCCAUUCAAGCAGCCAAGGAGGCAUGGAAUGUAUGGGCUGAUGUGCCCGCACCACAGAGGGGAGAAAUUGUUAGACAGAUGGGGGAAGCUUUGAGGAAACACAAGAAUGCUCUUGGAAAAUUGGAAGCCCUCGAGGUGGGUAAGAUCCUGGCUGAGGGUGAAGGUGAGGUACAGGAAUAUAUUGACAUCAUUGACUAUGCUGUUGGACUUUCAAGGAUGUUUGCAGGGCAUGUCUUUCCAUCAGAACGUCCCGGACACUUGUUGAUGGAGCAGUGGAACCCUUUGGGAGUGGUCGGCGCCAUCACCGCAUUCAACUUCCCUGUAGCUGUAUACGGCUGGAACUCCUCCAUUGCACUUAUUUGUGGAAACACCAUGUUAUGGAAAGGAGCUCCUACUACCCCCCUGGUCAGUGUAGCUGUCACAAAGAUUUUAGCCUCAGUAUUGGAAGCCAACAACCUACCAGGUGCCAUCUGUUCUUUAGUUCAGGGAGGUGCAGACAUUGGAACACUGAUGGCAGAGGACACCAGAAUCAACCUGCUGUCAUUCACUGGCAGUACUCCGGUUGGCCACAAAGUGUCAUUGAUGGUGCAGGAAAGAUUUGGAAAGUUUUUGUUGGAGCUUGGAGGCAAUAACGCAUUAAUAGUGAAUGAGGAUGCUGACAUAGAAAUGGUUGUACGCUCAGCCUUGUUUGCCUGUGCUGGAACAGCCGGCCAGAGAUGUACCACUACACGACGAUUAAUGUUACAUGAGAAGGUACAUGAUGAGGUGGUGGGCAGAUUGGUAAAAGCUUACGGACAGCUUAGAGUGGGAGACCCACUAGAAGCUGACACUCUUUAUGGACCCAUGCACAGCCAACAAGGUGUCGAUCAGUACCUAAAGGCUGUGUCCGAGGCCAAGGAACAGGGGGGCACAGUGGCAUGUGGUGGAAAGGUGAUGGAUCGCCCCGGUCACUUUGUUGAGCCGACCAUAGUGACUGGCCUGCCCCAUGAUGCUCCCAUUGUACAUAAAGAAACAUUCGCCCCCGUCGUGUAUGUCAUCAAAUUCUCUAAACUGGAGGAAGCCAUGAAAUGGAACAAUGAAGUAAAACAAGGACUCACCAGCAGUCUCUUCACUAAGGAUCUCACCAAUAUCUUUAAAUGGAUAGGACCAAAGGGAUCUGACUGUGGUAUUGUGAAUGUAAACAUUCCUACUAGCGGUGCUGAAAUUGGGGGAGCUUUUGGAGGUGAGAAGCAUACAGGAGGUGGACGAGAGUCUGGUAGUGACGCCUGGAAACAGUACAUGAGGAGAUCCACUUGCACAAUCAACUGUGGCAAAGAGUUACCAUUAGCCCAGGGAAUCAAGUUUGAAUAGACCUAAAAGGACAGCAGUAUUCAAGAACUCACCACAUGUACAUUUACUAGUCUAAGUACCACCAGAAGACCGGUGUAAACACAUAUAUAGUCCCCAAAGGAUUGACUGGUAAUAGUGUAAUGGUGAUCAGUAUAAACGGUUACAAUCAUUAGAAUCACAUUCUAAACAGAUCAAACAGGUGUUUUGGUGUUAAAUGCAAAUACAAUUUUAAAAAAGACUGUAAUUUCCUGUCAAUCUGAUUAUAUGUACAUACUUGGAGAAAAAUACUCAGUACAUCAUGUAUAAAUUGUCAUAAUUAGUAUUGUAUAUGGUUGAUUGUAUCAACCUUAAAAAUCUUGUGUGAAUUUUGGAUUUGAUAUAUAUUUCAUAUAUUUAAGAAUAUAUCACUGAAUUUAGAAAAGAGAGGUAGCAAAAGAUAAGUCUUGAUUCAUGACGGAUAUUUUAGAGAUUUUGUGCCUAUUUUCAUGCAAGUUCAUGAACAUCUCACUUUCUUUGCAUAAUGUGAAAAAAAUCAUUUAUAAAAAACUUUUCAUUGUCAAAGUAUGAUGCUAUCAUAGUAAUUUUUGUUAAAAACUUAUACUGUUGGAAAGUCAUGAAAAUUAUCAAAGCGAAGAGAAAAAAUGUGCUGUUCUGCUGGAACGUAAUACAUGUACUAUGUUGGUGCCAAUCUAACAAAUUAUACAUUAAGUACUUUGUCGGUUUAAAAAGUGGUCAGCAAAUAUUAAAUAUGACACCAAUACUUUCACCCUAAAGUUUUGUUUCUGAAUUAGACACAAAAAAACCAAUUUGUUCUUUUGAAAUAUGAGUAAUUUCUAUUCAUUUUUAAACAGAAUCAAUGUCAAAUUAAUUUUAAAAAGCAUUUUUCCUUAUCGUCCCCUUUUUCCCCAAUUAGUAUUUGUUUUGCAAUUAAAGGUUGAUUGAUUGUACAAUAGAUAUACACUAUGUACUGGUACAUUUUUGUUAAUCAUCGAGAUCUUGUUUCCUUAACUGGUUAAUUAUAUAAGGUUGCUUUAAUAAUAUGUAUUUCAAUUGAAUCUCAUGAUGUCAUGCUGUCUUUGUAAUACCUUUCUUUUCACUGUCCUGACUUUCGCUAAGUAUUGAAGAGUUUCAUGAAAUGUUAUAAUCAAGACACUGUCCAUUCAUAAAGGUAUUUUUCCAAAGAAUCUUAUUAAUCUGUGUUUUUGUUCGUGCAAGUGCUAAAGCGUUAAGGCUGCAAUACUGUGUGAUACUUACAUGUGAUAAAUAAGAUUGAUUCUUAUUAAAAUGUAGCAUAUAUUU